CCAACUAUAAAGUGGAGACAGGCAUUUCUUUUUCCACCGGGGUGUUGUAUGAUACUAAAUUAAGGUGUGUUAAGUGUUUUCCACAGCUCUGACAUCUGACAAUCCUGUUUUUGCCUAAAGAGGAAAAGGAGCUGGCUGUGACCUUUAACUUCUGUCCUCCACCCCAUUCUAAAGUAUUCGUGGCAGCGAGGGUCACAGUCUGUCUCUAGGCAGGUCUCUGACUCAGCUCAGGGCACCCCCCUCCCCUUGACCAGCUUCCUAAACCGGUUGGGUCCCUUCUAAAGGGCUCAUUAGAGGGGAGAGGCCCCCAUCUUCAUUCCUAUCUUCCUUUGAGGAUUCCCCGGAUCUGGGCCUUAGGGAGGUGGCUGUGUACCGGUGGCUUAGACGCUUGGCCCUCCAGCGGGACAGGAAUGGGAGUGCUGGAGGCUGGGUGGGAGGUCCUGAUGCUGGGCUCUCCCAGGGUGGAACCAGAGGGGCUGGGAUGGCCCCAAUGCCUCGGCCGCGGGCGGGGCAAGCUGGUGGCUCCCUCCUCCCAGGAGAGCUGUUGGACCUGUUGUCUCCCCCCUCCACUUCCGGGCUGCUGGGGAGGGGGACGGGGCGGCCUUUCUCUCCUCCCUCCUCCCUAGCCACCUGUCUCCCGGCAGAAGCCGCAGUGCCCAGAGCCUAGAGCGGAGCGGGAGAGCUGGCCACGGCCGCCCAGGAGGAAGAGGAGGAGGAGGCUGGAGACUCCAGGGACCUCCAGGGAGGCGGCAGUUGGAUUUCGGGAAUCUCCUCCCUGGAAGGAGCGCGGGCUUCGGGCUCGGGGUUGGUCCAGAGUCCAGGAUCCUAGGGUGAGGCGUCCUGGAUGCUAUUCCCAGCAGGGGGAUCAGGACCUCACUGCGGGGCUCCGGAGAGGAGGGGCCGGCCAGACCCGGAGGGCGAGGGAGAGAGAUGGGGGAGUCGCGUGGAGGGAGUCGGGGAAACUGAGGCAGGCUGCUGGGAGCGUUCCGGGACUGACACCUGGAGCAGAGGGAGGCUCAGGGUGGGACUUGCCAUUAGGGGGCGGGCUGGGACCCCGGACUCAAAUUCCGGUCCUGCCUCCAGGGGCGUGUCACCCUCGAGCCCUCAAGCCUUGCUCCACCCUCGUGCCCCGCCCCUGGAAUGCUCAGCGCCCUCCUUUGAACUUUCGGCCCCGCCUCCCGGGACGCUCGUUGGGCUGCCUGGCGGUUCGGCCAGGGGCUCAGGUCUCCUAGACCACGCCCCCACGGUCCCAGGCCACGCCCAGGAGAUCCUGGUCACGCCCACCCCGCCGCCGGACUCCCAAGCGGCCAUGGGGACACCCAGCAGCCCGGAGGACGGGUCCGCGUCGCCUCAGGUUCCGGAAUGCGACGCAGAGGUGCAGCCUCAAGGGGCUGCUCAGCCCCAGGGGCACCCCGAGGAGCCCCAAGAGCAGAAGGAGCCUGAGGCCCCGGAGGAGCUUCCUAGCGGCCAAGGCGCUGAGCAGCAGGCGCAGGAAGAGGAAGAGGUGGGAGAAGGCAGCAGCACCGAGAGCUGCCGAGACGAGCCCGAAGCUACGCCUCCUGUGCAGAUCCCAGCCACGCCCUCAUCAAGCCUCCACUCUAGGGAAGGAAAGCGAGGGGCGGCGCGCCGGCUGCGCGGGCAGCAGCUGGAGGCAUUGACUCGCGUGGCCCUGAUGGAGCAGCGCGUGAAGGAGUUACAGCGUCAGAAGAAGGAGCUAAGGAUCGAGAUGGAAGUGGAGGUAGCCCUGCUCCGGGGUGAACUGGCUGGGGAACGAGUGGCCACUCGAAGGGAGGAGGAGCAGCUCCAGGAGCUGCUGGCGCAGCAGGUGGAGUCCCAGCGGAGCUGCCAGGAGAUGCGGGAACAGGAACAGAGGCAGCUGAGUGAGGAGCGGGAUCAUGUGGAGAGUCUUCGCCAGAGACUCAGGGAGGCCCAAGGACAGCUUGAUUCACAGCCGGAGGACCAGCGAGAGCGGCUCCUUCAGGGGGUCCAGGAGAUCAGAGAGCAACUGGAUGUGGCUCAACGUGCCUAUGAAGAUCUGGAAUUUCAGCAGCUGGAGCGGGAGAGCCGGCAGGAGGAGGAGGAUCGUGACAGUCCUGAGGCCCAGGCCCCAAACCCCAAGGUCCAGGAACUUCAGGCCAGCAUAGUACAACACAAACGUCGGAUUCAGGUUCUAGAGGAGCAGCUCAAGUCACUGGGGGAACAGAUGGCCACUGAGAGCUGGGGACUGAGCCGGAAGAAGGAGGAGGCCGUUCAGGCCCUGUCACACGAACGUAGCCGGCUGUUCGAGCUCAAUUGCCUUCAGGGAUCAUGUGGUGGGGACUUCUCUGAGCCCAACCAAGCACUCACCAAGCUGCUGUUCACACAGAAGACAGACCGCCAGCUACUGGUGCUGCAGGAUCCCGUUGUGCCUGCUGCAGCCACAUCUACAUCUUCCUGCGUCUUCUCUGUCCACAGCUCUUUGCAGGGGUCUAUUGGUCUCCAGAGGACAGGAAGCCUUCCUCGAAGGAGGGGAGAGAGAGCAAGUCAGAGGGGUUCCCCCCGGCCUGUGUCCCUGCAUUGUACAGGACCCUUGGAGGCCUCGGCUCUUGCGCAAGCAGUGGGGUCUUCAGGGAGACACCCCCUUUAUCAGCUGUUGAACUGUGGGCCUGGGAAUAGAUGUGGGGCUCUUCACCCGGACAUUGCCCACAUGGAGCGGCUCCUGCAGCAGGCUGUGGCAGAGAGGGAGAGGUUGCUCAAGGCCAGGGAAGGGAAGAGAAGGAACCCAGAAAGUUCUGCAGGCCCUGAAGUUCCUGCCAUCAUGGUCAGUCCUCUCCCCCCUCCCCCACCCCCACCUCCACCCCGCCCCCCAGGCCCUCGGGUCCUGGACCUCCCACAGCACCUGGAACGCUGGGGUCACAAUCCAGAAAGCUGCCCCCACUUGAGGGUGUCCAGGGGCUGCUGUCGGGGGCCCCUGGUGAAGAUGGGUGGCCGCAUCAAGACCUGGAGGAAACGCUGGUUCUGUUUUGACCGCCAGGCACGGCGCCUGUCCUACUAUGCAGAUAAGGAAGAGACCAAACUCAAAGGCGUCAUCUAUUUCCAGGCCAUUGAGGAAGUCUACUAUGACCACUUACGCUGUGCCUUCAAGAGCCCCAGUCCCCGCCUGACCUUCUGCGUCAAAACCUAUGAACGACUUUUCUACAUGGUGGCCCCCAGCCCGGAAGCCAUGCGCAUUUGGAUGGAUGUUAUUGUGACAGCUCGGGAUGAGAACCACGCCCCCUGAGUGGCCCUCUUGGGGGAGGCGCGUCCCGGCGAGGCCCCGCCCUUCAUGCGAGCAGGGGGCUCUGCCCACUUCUGGGAGGACGCGGCCCCGCCCCUUUAGAAUUCUCCCCGGAUCUCUGCAGCCUCAGCAGCUCAGCUGGCCUGAGCCGCAACCAUCUGGGCUGCAGGUGGCUUUCAGCUGCGGGAUCGCCAGGCCUUGGGCGCCCUGCCUGGGGCAGGAGGAAGAUUACAGGGGGGCGGAAGGAACUAUUUAUUGGUGCUCCUGUGAUACAGAAUUAAACAUGGUGGGAAAACAGGGUUGCCACU